AUGUCCUCCACAGCGCAUCCGACGAACCUUGCACCCUCAGGAAAUGGCUCAGCUGCCUGCGUCCACUGUCAUCGUCGUAAAGUACGAUGCGACGCUCGUCUGGUAGGGCUACCAUGUAGCAAUUGUCGUUCGGCGGGGAAGACCGACUGUCAAAUCCAUGAAAAAAAGAAAAAACUGGCGGUGCGCUCGAUACUGGACCCAGUUCCGAUCCGUUGUCGGCCCCCUAACCCUGAAGAAGCGCCGAAGCCGAUAUCUUCGCUAUCACCGUCAUCAGAGCCUCCCAAUGCUUUCACAACUGCACUCCGCGCUGUUCAGUCGGAUAUCACAGCUCCGUCUGGGGUUGCGAACCGUGUCGCACAUAUCCGAAGCCGUAGUUCUCAGUACGAUACCAAAGGUACCAGAUCCAAUAAUAACUCGGGUAACAAUACUCAAUAUCAAAAUGUUCUGCCGGAGCCGGAUUCCCCGCCCUAUAGCCGCCCCGCGGCCUCAGAUCCGUCGGAGGGAGAGUCGCGUGCGGAUAUUGAGAAACGGUUGGUGAAUCUGAUUGACGGGGAAGCUUCGGAUAGUCGGGCGAUUCAAAGAGGUGUACGAGCAAUAUACGUUGGGCACGAGCUCUCGAAUAUGUCUUUCUUGAUCCGCCAACAACGUGACACGGGUGACGAUGUAUACCACUUCGCGGGAAACGAGAUACCUCGGCGGCAGCUACGAACUGGCCAUGAUCAGCUACUCAUGGAUGCUCUCACGUUACCUGAGCCUGCCCUUGCCGAUGAGCUCGUGCAUGCAUAUUUCGCACAAGUCAAUCCAGGCUACCCGAUUGUUGAAGAGGAGUUGUUUAUGUCUCAAUACCGUAACCGAGACCCGGCCGAUGCCCCUCCGAUUCUCCUCCUUCAAACUAUUCUGCUUGUCGGCGCCCAUGUCACUCGUCCGAAGUCCGAACGCGAUACACUAAAAGACAUUUUUUUCCGCCGUGCCAAAUGGCUGUUCGACAACAGGAUUGAACGGAAUCGUGACAUCCUGGUUCAGGCCGCGCUCCUAUUGACAUGGCACUCAGACCUAGCUGACGACGACGUGUCUGCCAAUGCACAUUAUUGGAUUGGAAUAGCGGCUAGGAUUGCCACUGGACUAGGAAUGCACCGUAAUCCAGUUUGCAAUUAUCCAUGCGCUAAUUUGCACGAUUCUAGCAACCUCGAGGAUUCUGAUGUCUCUCCGUUGACAUUUUCAGAUUUUGAGGGCUGCGGUGCCCGUGUACAGGCUGAUUUUGUCAUCCACUUUUCUGAGUUAUGCACGAUGAUCUCUUACAUUGUUCGGGAACGUUUUGGACUUAGAAUCAGCGCUGAACGCCGCAAGGCUGCGCUCCUUGAGGCUGACGAAGCCCUUGCAAACUGGUCACUGAGACUUCCAGAUAGACUACGUUUGAGGGCGUCAGAUAUGGACCCCUGGUCUGCCAUGCUUCAUCUCACUUACAAUAAUUUCCUAAUUCUUCUCCAUCGACCUCAUCCAAGAGCUUCAGCGUACUCGGAUGACUAUGGUCCCCACGACGCCGAAAUCUGCAGCGCAGCAGCUGGAGUGAUAGCCUCGAUUUUUGAAGAGCUUCGUAUACACGAUCGACUCAAGCAAGUCUGGUAUUCUGGCGUACACACUCUAUUCACCGCAAUGAUUCAAGUACGGGUCGAGCUCCGAUUUUCCAACCCGGUUCUUGCAAUCAAUGCCCUUCGUCGCUUUGACUCUGCUUCAUAUUCCCUCCGCGAGCUCGCCCAGUAUUGGUCUCAUGCCAGCACCAUCCUACGAUUAUUUGAGGAAUCGAGACGCCUCCAGGAAGAUCUGCGAACUACAACCAGUGACAGACCCCGUCGAUUCAGCAAUCUCAGCAAUAACUCUACAAACAGCCCUGCCUCUCAGCAGAAGAACACCUCAGGCAUUCCUCACUUGGCAAAUAUCAACUCAUCUGAUGCUACACCACCCAGCGCCCCUAGCAUACCCCCUCUACAACCAAGCAGUCAGCUAUCCUACGAAGUCCCAACAACCGAAUCUGCUCACCAUAAUCCACGCUCGCAACCCACGUUAAGUGCUCAUACUCACACCUAUACAACCCAACCGUUUGACACCUGGAUUCCAUCUAACAACCUGACACCUAUGGACACAGUCGAUAAUUCACGCGAAAUGCUUGACUGGCGCCAGCUGUUUUCCUUCACCGAUCUGGAGGGACCAGUCCUUCCUUCAACUAUGGAAGGGAUAACCGAGCUGGAAGACGAGUGGCGCCAGAUUUACUGGCAAGAAACGCCGAUGUCGGAUCUCUUGCAGGAUGGUGGGUGGAUGCAUGGGUAA